GGAGUACCUAGUGCACAUGCGCAGUACGCGAGGUUGGUUCUUUCUUUUUCUCACGCUGAAUCAAAAUGCCGCCUAAAAAGCAAGAUACAAAGACCUCCUCCAAACCGAAAAAAGAUAAACCAGCUGGGUCGGGUGGUAAAGCUAAAAAGAAGAAAUGGUCGAAAGGAAAAGUACGUGAUAAAUUGAACAAUUUGGUUUUGUUUGAUAAAGCAACAUACGAUAAGCUGUACAAGGAAGUACCAAGCUACAAAUUGAUCACUCCAGCUGUGGUUUCCGAACGCCUUAAGAUCAGGGGAUCCUUAGCAAGACGUGCUUGUGAUGAGUUAUUAAGUAAAGGCUUGAUCAAACUUGUCUCAAAACACAAUGCUCAAGUUAUCUACACAAGAGCAACUAAAGCUGCUGCAGAUGCUUAGGUCAUGUAUUUUUGAUCUUAAUAAAGAAUGGUUA